AGUGCGCCUCUCUCUAGCUACCUACAGAUCUCCAUCAUCGUUCUUCAUAUCUGCAAUCAGUUCAGUCGAACCUUUUCUUGCCAUUGAUGAGCUCCGCUCUGCCUACUAUUUUUCUAGUUUCUACCCCGUGGAUUCUUACCUACAUAUGCAUCUCCCUUUCUUGGCCAGUUCCUCGUUCGGUCGUUCCGUACAGCAUUUUUCCUUAUUGCGGAUCUAGGAAGUAGCAACAUAAAAAUGGAGGAUUUCUUCUCUGAUGCAUGCAGAGAUGGAGAAGCAGAGCGCCAAGAAGGCGAGGACGGCUCCCGCCUCCCGUGAAAGGGGGCCCGGUAAACGAGCCCCGGGUGGAGGAAGAAGAUCAAUCCGCCGGCUCUUACACAAUCGAGGCGGAGGCGCUGCGAUGUGACAUCUGCUUCAAGCCUUUCGGAGAGCAGAUCUUCAUGAACGGGCACCCUGCCUGCGGGAGCUGCUGCCUCAUCAUGGACCGGAUGUGCUUCUGCACCGAACCCAUCGGCGACAUCCGCUGCCGGGCGCUGGAGAAGGUCCUGGCGGCCAUGACUGACCUACGGCUGCCACCAGAUCGUCACCUACACCGAGAGGCGGCGCCACGAGGAGGCGUGCCGGUACGCGCCGUACCACUGCCCCUUCGAAGGCUGCACCUACUACGGCCUGCUGCUGUACAACCACAUCGAGGACCUCCACGCGUCAGACGACGACGAGGCAGCGGUGGUCGUGCGCUGCAACCGGCGCUCGGCCGUCACGCUGGAGAAGGCCAUGCCCUUCCGCGUGCUCCUGCACCGCGACGGCGCCAGCAUGUUCCUCCUGCUCAACGGCGGCGACGUCCUGGCCGGCCGCUCGCUGUCGCUCGUCUGCAUGGGCCCUCGCCCCACCGGGAACGCCGAGGUGAAGUACAAGAUGGAGGUGAAGAAGCGGAACGACCCGGGGGCGCUCGUGCUGUGGAGCUCCGGGGCCGCGCCCUUCGUCCGGCGGCUCAAGGAUUUCCAGGCCAGAGGGUUCCUCUUCGUGCCCAGCUCCUACUGGGACUCCUCCGACAGCGUCUCGGUCACGGUGCACCUCACCGACGGCUGGUGAUCGAUCGAGCACGGUCGGUGACGCUGCACUCCGGUUUGGUUUCGCUGAUGGCUAGUUAGCUAGUACUGUACUAUCUUGUGUUCCGGUCAAGAACAGUGGGGCAGUUCUUGGUUCCUUUUGCCCUCUGCUAGGACUUACCCGACUUAGUUUGCGCCAGCGAUCUGCCCGUCCUGUGAUCUUAGUUCCAUGUUAUGUUAUGUAUGGUAUGUCACCUGAAGUUGAUCUAUCUAUGUUCACUGCUCUUAC